CAGUGGGGCAAUCUUUCUGGACAACUUUCACUUCAUGUGAGGUUGGACGACUCUCAUACAGCAUAUAAUUGCCGUCUCAUCUAACCGACUUCUACAGUGGUUGCUCAAGCGAGAUGGGUGACAUCAACAAUAAAGAUGUCGUUGUCCGCCCUGCAAAGGACCUCGAGGAAGCAACCCAGCUGUGGUGGCCGUUGAUGACAUCUUUGGGAUGGAAUCGUUCAUAUCAUGAUCUCGAAUCCUACAUCUCAGCAUCACAAUCUCGAGGUUUGCUUGUUGCGGUACCUCACGGCUCUGACGAACCUGUGGGGCAUUGCGCGGCCACAAUCUAUGACAAUUCCACUGGUUGGGUGUCACUGUUUGUUGUGCAACCCACAAGCCAAGGAAAAGGCCAUGGCAGAGCUUUGUUCGAUGCAGUAUUGCAAGAGUUCAGAGACAACAACACUUCAAUCAUCGGACUGGACGCAGUAGUCGAACAAAAGGCUACAUACGAACGUCGAGGUUUUGUUGAGUCUCCGCUCGGCAAACUUCGCUGUAUGUCUUGGGACAUUCCAACCAAUAUUGAUCAUAUCGCAUCACAUGACCCGGACACGAGCUUGCAACUAGUUGACAUCAAGGACGUCCCACACCACCUUCUGGCAAAAAGUGAUCUCGAUCAUACUGGCUUUGAACGCAAACAUCUCUGGAGUGAAAAGUUUUUCAGUAGAUCCGAUCUGUUCGGGUUUGCUCUGGUCAAUGGAAACAACGUGAGCGGAACUGAAGACAUCUGUGCUUGGACUAUCGCGCGUCAGGUUCCUCAAGGAUUCCGCUUAGGUCCCGUGUAUGCGGUGGACCAAAAAGCUGCACGCACGAUCAUACAGAGCGCGAUGGAGCACGCGAUACGAAGGAUUGAAAAUCCCUCAACCAGCUCGGCAAUGUCACAUCCAAGAGUAGCAAAUCCGGGUUCCCAUACUGUAACGGCGGAGAUCUGGGAUGGCAAUCCUCAUGCUGUGAAACUUUUCGAAAUGCUGGGGUGGAGCACUGUCGGUGUGGAUUACCAUCGUAUGUGGCUCGAUGGAAAGUCCACACCGCAACAGGCCGAAGGUGGGUUAGCAUACUCUGGCAUGUACGCCAUAUUCGACGCCGCCAUCGGUUGAUGGGGUAUAUCGCAGGCGAUAUGGGGUACUCAACCUGCGACCGUGGACGUUUUCUCGUACCUUGCUCAAGACUCAGGUCCACGUUGUGCAGAAAACAGCUCGCUCCAGCGCACAAGAAUGUAAGAAUAGAAUCAAUACAAACAGGAGUAGUUGUAUCAAGAUGGCUCAACAAGACGAUCCUGCUCGAUCACUACCUCGCAUGCAGCAAGAAGAGCCUUAGAAAGAGCGUCAUUGUCUUACUCAACUGCUCGCGAUAGGAUGAACAUCUCCGUCGCGAGAAACGGGGACGGCGGAGCACAAUCCUACGCCCGUACAAGUAAACAGUAGUGCUGGUUCCUGCAGCGGGACAAGAGGCGAAGAGUUUGGACGAUGGGAGCAGGAGCCAAUAGUUUCAGGAUCUGCAGGUGCGUUCCUGCCGCGAUGACGCAUCAUCAUAUCGAUCGACAUGUGAUUUUGCUCGUUCCUUAUGUACUGUACGAGGGAUCGGAGGAUGGAGAC